GAGACAAGAGGAUGCUCCUCUCUCAAACCCGCUGCCAUCUCUGUGGCGGAUAUGUUGGAGUUGGGGUGGGUCGACUUUGAGGUGACAUUGACGCUAUGUAGAUGAGAGUGAGAACCCUGCGCUCCAUGUUACGUCCCUGCAAGCUUCAACUCAAACGGCGGCAGCUCCUUUCCCGGUCUUCUCUCCCUGCCUCUCUUUCAGCACCACUCCUUUAAGGACAGCACCUCACUCUCAAGCACGCACUUGGCCACCACCAUCUCCCUCCUUCAGGAUCAAAUGUCUGCCCCUUGACGACGGAUGCAAAGUUUCCACCUUGGUUUUGUCUACUGCAAGUAAAAGGAAGUAACUUUUUUGGGGAAACAUUGGAUAUUUUCCCGGCGGGAAACGGUCGCUCCAACAAGCUGUGAUUUCACUGGUCUCUGACACGUCGUCCUUAAUCAUCAUUCACAGACCCUCGAUCUUCCCUCCUCUCUCGGCUUUUCUCUGGGGACCACUAGUGCGGGACGGAUACGCUGCGCUCUGCCUGGACUGGUGCUAAAACCACCACCUUUCCGCCGUUUAGGACUUUCAGCCACAGACCGUCAUCAUGGCCACAAACGGGACCAAAGCCUCGGACGGACACGUCUUAACCGAGACGGUGAACGAUGCGCCCAGCACCACGCCAAACGACAAACCCAAAACGCUGGUGGUGAAGGUGCAGAAGACGAAAAAGGACAUACCCGAGAGAGAAACGUGGGGUGGAAAAUUUGACUUUCUUCUCUCUUGUGUCGGAUACGCAAUCGGACUCGGAAACGUGUGGAGAUUUCCUUACUUGUGUGGGAAAAACGGCGGAGGGGCCUUCUUGAUUCCCUACUUUUUGACGCUGGUAUUUGCUGGCAUGCCCUUGUUCUUUCUGGAGACGGCUCUUGGUCAGUACACUUCUAUUGGAGGUCUGGGAGUGUGGAAGUUGGCCCCAAUUUUCAAAGGUGUGGGUAUGGCUGCUGCCGUGCUGUCUUUUUGGCUCAAUAUUUAUUACAUUGUAAUCAUUGCCUGGGCUAUUUACUAUCUGUACAACUCCUUCACCGCUGACCUGCCAUGGAAGACAUGUGGCAAUCCCUGGAACACAGAUCGCUGCUACACCAACUACACCAUUGCGGACACAACAAACCUCACCAGUGCUGUGGUGGAGUUCUGGGAACGUAACAUGCACCAGCUGACGGACGGUUUGGAGAAGCCCGGGGAGGUCAGGAUUCCACUGGCUAUCACGCUUGCCAUUGCAUGGGUGCUCGUCUAUUUCUGUAUCUGGAAAGGGGUCAGCUGGACAGGCAAAGUAGUCUACUUCUCGGCAACAUACCCUUACUUUAUGCUGUUCAUCCUGUUUUGCCGUGGGGUCACUCUGCCUGGAGCUUUUGAUGGGAUUCGCUUCUACAUCACACCAGACUUUCAGAAACUCAAGGAGUCUGAGGUAUGGCUCGAUGCUGCCACACAGAUCUUCUUUUCCUAUGGCUUGGGAUUAGGCUCUUUGAUUGCUCUUGGCAGCUACAAUCCCUUUAAUAAUAACGUCUACAGAGAUUCUAUCAUUGUCUGCUGCAUCAACUCCUUCACCAGUAUGUUCGCCGGCUUUGUCAUCUUUUCCAUUGUGGGAUUCAUGUCUUACGUAACAAAGAGGCCAAUCGCUGAUGUGGCAGCCUCAGGACCUGGCCUGGCAUUUCUGGCAUAUCCAGAAGCUGUCACCCAGCUCCCCAUCUCUCCACUCUGGGCUAUACUGUUUUUCUCUAUGCUGCUGAUGCUGGGAAUCGACAGCCAGUUCUGCACGGUGGAAGGAUUCAUCACUGCACUGGUUGAUGAGUUUCCUCACAUCCUCCGGAAACGUAGAGAAAUCUUCAUCGCUAUCGUCUGCCUUAUUUCUUACAUUAUUGGGCUGUCCAACAUUACACAGGGUGGGUUGUAUGUGUUUAAGCUGUUUGACUACUACUCAGCAAGUGGAAUGUCCCUGCUCUUCCUGGUCUUUUUUGAGUGUAUCUCAAUUUCGUGGUUCUAUGGUGUGAACAAAUUCUUUGACAACAUUGAGGAAAUGAUUGGUUACAGGCCCUGCCUUUGGUGGAAGGCCUGCUGGGUCGUUUUCACUCCUCUCAUCGUGGCUGGAGUCUUCUUGUUCAGUGCUGUGCAGAUGGUUCCCCUUACAAUGGGAGAUUAUGUGUUCCCAUCCUGGGGUCAGGGAGUCGGCUGGUUAAUGGCCCUAUCCUCCAUGAUUCUCAUCCCUGGGUACAUGGGCUACAUGUUCCUCACUCUCAAAGGCACUUAUAAAGAGCGUCUGCGCAUGAUGUUCAAACCUUUGUCACUGGUGAAGGCUCAGGAAAAUGGUCCAGAUCAGCAGGCGGAAAGCCAGAAUCAGAACCCUGCCAAUGAGGAAGCCUACAUCUAAAAAGAAAUAACUAAGCUCUGCCUGCCUCUCUGUUUGAACGGCCAGACCGGCGCUGCACCGUAAUCAAGGUUGGGAACAACCACUAGACUUCUACGUCUGCUUUUAUUCACCUACCUCCUGGGGACAUGUGAAACCAACCUGAUUACAUGGUUAUUUUUAAGGGGGUUAUUCUGUUUGUUUAUUUUUAUAAUACAGAGUUAUAAAACUUAUGAAGAAGAAAAGAAUACCCAGCACAGUUGUUGUGAUAUUUUGAAUUUCAUUAUGCAAAAGUUUAGCCUUCUUAGAAAAGCAAAUGUGAUCUAGAAAACUACUGUACAUUGAAUAUAUGUAAUUUAAAUCGGAAGGCCCUCACUGAUUCAAUAAUAUCACUAUGAAAACUAUAAUUAAUCAACUAAACUCAAAAUACUGUACAAAGAAAACUGUGAGUAAAGUGUAUUUUAUUUUAUAAAGGAGAUAAAUACUUUACAUUGAAUAAAGUGUAGCUGUUAAGUAAAAGUAAAAUUCUAUGGAUUUAAAGUUUAAUAUAGAUCAAUUUCAAGCAAAGACAAUAUGGGAAUGUGCAACAGGUAAGGCCAAAUCUGCUUGUAUGUGUAAAUUAUAUCUUAGCCAGACUAUCACUCCCUUGCAGAAUCCUGCACCUCUUCGGAAAUGUUUACCACUUAUGUCGGGGACUACAUUAGAAAAGCACAAGUACCGUGUGGUAUUUUGAAUACUUCUUUUUGGCAUGACUGAAACCUGUGACAACAGCAAAAAUAACUUAUAUAGAACACUUAGCAAGAGACUGUUAUGACUGUUUUGUUUUCUAAAGACCAAUUAAUUUGUAUGAUGUCUGAAUCUCUGUUCAAGGUCAUUUUCUUAGAUCAUUUUCUAUAUGUGAACGCGAGAAGGACCAAAUUGCUCUCUAUGGUAUGAACAAGUGCAGGCGUUUUACCUGCAAAGGAAAUACAGAUCAAAUAAAGCACCCUUUUGAUGCAGAAAAGCAAUAGUUAGGAAAAAUAAAACAGCAUCAGUGUACAAGCACAAGGUUAUUCUAUGGACUAAAGCCUCUAAUACAAAAAGUAUAGCCAUUGUAGAAAUCCCACAGUUGCUCUUUGCUCUUUACAAUUCCAUUUUGAGAGCAAUUAUUUAGAAAAUGUAUAUUUUUAAGUGACUGAGGGAUGGUUAAGUGGGAACAAAGUACUGUGUGAAGCAGUUGUUGCCUUCUGCUGUGAUUGGUGUCCUGCGUUGGCGGUAGUAAAAGGGAUUCCUGUGACAGCUACCGAUAUUCUGCCUGUCCUUGUUUACUUGUAUAUCUGUUUAGUAACCCACUCCUCAGGAACAUAUGUAGAUGUGACAAAACUGUUUUAGACAUCAACCUGAUUCACUGAAAUAAUUAUUACUCUAUUUAGAAAAUGUAGUCAUUGAAACCCUGAAACUGUUUCUGUCCGAAAAACCAUGAAGAGCUGAAUAGUAAAAUGUCUUUGUGAAUAGAUGCUCCAGGACAGACAGAAAAAGAUGGAUCCCAGUUUUGGGCUAUCUGGUUUUUAUCACGUGUAAUAAAUAGGCAUGGGCCGGUAUGAAGGUCUCCUUGAGUGAAAAUAUCACAGAAUUAUUGUAUAUUUAAAAUAAUUUAUUUAAACAAAACAAAAUAAAUAAUUUAAACAAAAAUAUAUAACAUGAUCUAGUCAUUUUAUUUAAAGAAAAAUAGAAACCUACAGCAGCCAAAAUAAUAUAGCAAUUACUACAGUUUUAGUCAAAUUAAUUUCCCAUUACAAGCAGAGCCACUUCAGUAUAUAGCAUGCUGUCCAAGUAAUACAAUCUUAGUGGAUUUGUGUUUUUAAAAAACAAUACUACAACAAGACUUGGGCAUUUUAAGUUUGUUGUUUCAUGACCCCCAUUAACAACCAAAAAUAUUUUUCAUUGGUACUGCUUGCUUGGUUGAAGGGUGGGGCUUAAUUAUGUUUCAUUUUGACUCAGAAGUUGAAAUAUUGAGUUUACAGUUUGGAAAAUCAGCAGAAAUGUCCCUAAAGGUUUGAAUUCUGAAAGGGAAAUUCAAAAGUUUCUCGACAAUCUUGAUGUCAAAAUCCAGUAUGGCUAGCAAGAAGAUAAAAUGUAGUUAUUAGGGAUUAGUUGAGGUAAACUAGUACUACAUGGAUCUUAUUUAUUGAAAAACAAUUGGAUAACUAGAGUUUAAAGGUACACAAUAUAGAGAAAUAUACUACAAUCCUUCUAGCUUUUAUUGGUAGUUGACGCUAUCCUGGUUAAUGAGUAUGUCAAUUAGCAAAUGCCACUGUGUUACGAAGUUACCCUGCAACAUGGUUAAACUGGGAUUGACAUCAUUCCCAGACCGAAGUUGAGAUUUCAGACUGAACUGAAUGCAGCAUAAGUAUUCAAUCCCAUACAUAUUGGCACUUUACCUGACAAAUACCAAAACUUCUUCUGAGUACCACUAAAGGCAGCCUGAGUUACAUCAGUGGCACUUUUACCACACUUUAAUAAGAACUGAAUAUUUAUUCAUUGUUAUUUAGAUUUGAAUACAAAGAGUAUUAUUAUAUAUUAUGUUUUCUUCUCAUUCUGCAUAGUUUGUGUAACCCAAGUCCCUGUUGAAGUAUAACAAACUGAUGUUAGCCUGAUAAUUAGUCAGGCUUAGGUAGUCACAUUGGAAUCAGCUGCGUGACAGAGAUGCAGCUCACAACGUGUUAGCUUUAGUUUAAAACAGUCUUAACUAGAUAAAAGUAAUGGCUGGGGCUCCUUUAGUUUCCACAUAAGUCUGUGAUUUGUUCAACCAGAAAUAUUUCCAAACAGUUGGACUUGUCUUUCUUAUAAGCAAGGAAAAAGUGUUGCAGCCUUUUUUCAAAUCCCUGUGGUCCCGUAAAAGGGACGUCGGCAGAGGGGUGUAGUUGUGAUACUCUGCCCUCCGUACAGCCAAAAACUACAAUCACUCUGGCACUUUCUCGAGCACCUCAUCAAAAGGAUUUAAACCCGUAGGAAGAUGUUUGAAUAAAAAUCAUGCGGUUUUGUAAUCAUAACCUUUUGGAACCAUGAACUAGCUUGAUGCCGGCAACCUGCCCAUGCCUAUUCUGGAAUUGUCCUUCUGAAACAAGUGUAUAUUUAUAAUUCGGUAAUACCCAGAGUGAGGAACUUUCCUUUAGUCAGAGGACAAAGCACUGGUAGCACAACAAAACACAAAUGCAGGCCAUACAGGCUAGCAACACUAAAACUAUAAAAAUAUUACAUAAAUAUUUAUACUUGAUUCUGUAAAGGAAGAAUCCUUUGCUUUCAAGCAAAAGAAAACAUAGAUUCUAACUUAAUCAUAAACCACUAACGUCAAAGUGACAAAGAAGGAUCAAGACAAUAUGCUUUUAUGGCAGCUACAUGCGACAGGUAUCAGGCUGAAUCAGUCCCGUUUCUUAAAACUUUACUUGCUUAUUUUUUAAAGAUAUGUGAAUCAAAAUGUGCAAUGACACAAGGUUUCCAUAAAUUUUGUAUAAAGUUACCAUACUGCAGUUUCUCUCUUGAAUGAUGUUGUAAACUGGAUUGUGUACUACAUGUAUCUGUGAAUGUCUGUAUACGCCCAGUUUUUCUUUUAUUCUGUCUAAAUGUUAAAUGGAAAAAAAAAUGUGACAUUUUUUUUUUGCCGUUUUCUGCAAUAAUACUGUCUCAGAAACUAAGGUACAUAUCUCGCUCCACUGUAAAAAUGACAACAACAAUAAGAGAAUAGAGUAAUAAUACAGAGAUAAUAAUAAUAAUGUAAUAGAAAUGUCUAGUCAGGGAAUAUUGUUUUGUAUAUUUUUAGCUGUUACAUGGGCCUAAUGUAAAAUAUUAUAUGUAAAAAAAUAUAAUAAAUGUCUUUAGAUAGUGUUCUAUGAAAAAGCAUGAUUGCUAUAUAUGUUAUCUGCAAAAUUAAAUAAAGAUCUAUAGAUUAUAAAGUCA